UCUAGAGAUGCCCGCAGCGAUUAAGAUAACUCUACCUAAACUAGCAGCCAAUACUAAGCCUUAUGCAAAUGCAUUGAAGUUAUCUGUAGCUGCUAAAGUUACAGGUGCUAAACUUGUAGAAACUUCUGGCGAUGCUGUUACUUUUGUUAGUAACAACUUUACAUUAACUGACGCGAAUGCCGCUUUAAAAUAUAUUUUUAACGCUACUACUUUCAAUGCUUUACAAUCAACUGUUAUUGAAAAAGAAGAAACACUUGUUAGCCCCUUAAUUAUUAAAAGAAGAAUUGAUCAAGCUUUCCAAAAUGUCGAAGAUAUUAUGAAUAAGCAUGAUAAAGCUUUUGCUAAGGAAUCAGAUAAAGUUACUGUAGUUGAUGUUAUUUAUUAUGGUACUCUUGUCGAAACACUUUCUUCUGCUAAAGACCUUAGCAAAUAUCCUGUUUUAUCUGCUUGGUUUGCAACUGUUUCCAAGAAUGAAAAAUUUGUUGCUGGUGUGGAACAUAUUAAAGAACAGACAAACAAAGGCGCUAAGCCUAAAAAUAAAACAGCUCAUGCUGAAAAGAAAGUAACUAAGGAAAUCCCUAAGCCUACUUUCAAUCCUACUACUCAAAAAGUUAACAAAGUUGCUGCUAAAAUUAUUGAUCCUUCUAUUAAAGUUCUUCCUAAAGACAAUGAACGUAAUGUUUUGAUUACUUCUGCUCUUCCUUAUGUCAACAACGUUCCCCACUUGGGUAAUAUUGUUGGUUCUACUUUAAGUGCAGAUGUUUAUGCCAGAUAUUGUCGUGCUCGUGGUUACAACACCGCUUUCUUCUGCGGUACAGAUGAAUAUGGUACCGCUACUGAAACUAAAGCUUUAGAAGAGGGAGUCUCUUGUCGAGAACUUUGUGAUAAGUAUAAUGCCAUUCAUACCAGUGUAUACAAGUGGUUCGAUUUAUCUUUUGAUCUUUUCGGUCGUACAACUACUGAAAAACAAACAAAAAUUGCACAGGAUAUCUUUUUGAAGAAUUAUAAGAACGGUAAUAUUCUUAAGGAAUCUAUGAUUCAAUUAUAUUGUGAAAAGUGUAAUAGAUUUUUGGCAGAUCGUUAUGUUGAGGGUAUAUGCCCACAUUGUAAGUAUGAUGAUGCUCGUGGUGACCAGUGUGAUGCCUGUGGUAAACUUUUGAACGCUACAGAACUUGUCAAGCCUCGCUGUAAGCUUGAUGGUAAUACUCCUAUUACUAGAGAAUCUAAUCAUCUUUUCCUUGAUUUGGGUAAGCUUCAACCUGAGAUUGAAAAGGCUUUCAAGAAAUCUUCUACUGAAGGUAAAUGGUCUGCUAAUGGUAUAAACAUUACUCAGUCUUGGUUGAAGGAAGGCUUGAAGCCUCGUUGUAUUACUCGUGAUUUGAAAUGGGGUACUCCUGUUCCACUUGAAGGUUAUGAAAAUAAAGUAUUUUAUGUUUGGUUUGAUGCUCCUAUUGGUUAUCCUAGUAUUACAGCCAACUACACCGAUGAAUGGGAAAAAUGGUGGAAGAACCCUGAUAAUGUUAAACUAUAUCAAUUUAUGGGUAAGGAUAAUGUUCCAUUCCACUCUGUUAUUUUCCCUGGUUGUGAAGUUGGUACUGGUGAAAAGUGGACAGUUGUGAAUCAUAUUAGUACUUGUGAAUAUCUUAAUUAUGAAGGAGGUAAAUUCUCCAAAUCCCGUAAUGUUGGUGUCUUUGGAAACAAUGCACAAGAAACUGGUAUUCCACCUUCUGUCUGGCGUUACUACCUUAUGUCUGUUCGUCCUGAAACUAGCGACUCCAUGUUUACAUGGAAUGAAUUUAUUACCAAGAAUAAUAGUGAAUUAUUAAAUAAUCUUGGUAACUUUGUUAAUCGUGCUAUUCGCUUCAUUUUUGCUAAAUAUGAUGGUGUUAUUCCUAAGGCUGACUUCUCUGGUCCAUUAGAAAGUGAAUUAAUCAAAGAUGUUAACCAUCUUUUGAAACAAUAUAUUGAAACUAUGGAAGCUGUUAAACUUAGAGCAGGUCUUGGUAUCGCCAUGACUAUUUCAGCUCGUGGUAAUCAAUAUCUUCAAGAAGCCAAUAUGAAUAAUGCUCUCUUUGAAGAAUCUCGUACCAAGUGUGAUGCUGUUGUUGCUACUGCUGCUAAUUUAAUCUAUCUCUUAUCUGCUCUUCUUAGUCCUUAUAUGCCUGCCACUGCAGAAAGCAUGUGCCGUCAAUUAAAUGCUCCUCUUCGUACUAUUCCCGAUGAGUUUUCUAUUGAUAUUUUGGAAGGCCAUGUAUUAGGUGGUGCUGAAUAUUUGUUUACUAGAAUUGACGAAAAGAUGGAAGAUAUUUGGAAGAAGAAAUAUGGUACUAGUGCCAAUUAAUUAUAAUUUUUUUUUGAGUAAAUUCAAACAUUCAUUGUAUUAAACUAAGAAUAGAAAAAAAAAAACAAAUAAUAAAAAACGUCUGUAACUUAAAA